CCUAGAGUAGAGUACCAACCGACCGACCAACUAGUAUAGUUACAUGGGGGCUCGUUUUUUCUCUCACAGAUGUUGGUUGCCGUUCGAUUGAUGGGCCGCCAACACCCUCUAAGCGCCCGGGGCUGAUGUGGUGUGGGUGGAUGGAUGGGCUUCCCAGUCAGAACGCGCCCUCGACCUGCGCGCCCAGCGUCCGUCUCGGACGGCGAUGUCUCGCUAAACGGUUAAGCUUCCCUGGAUGCCCGCCGCAGUCCUGUUGGUGUGGGAGGUUGAUGUUGGUUCUGGUGGUAGUUGUGGUUGUGGGAGAGGCUUUCCGCUGGCAUGCUGCCUGCGGCGUGCGUGCGUGUGUGGAGAGGGUAGACGAUGGGCUCCGGCAUGCAGGUGGGGGGCGACAGCCUGGAGGAUGGAUGGAUGAACGGGGAUUGAUACCUCGUUACGUGCGGAUUCGAGGACUGAGACAUACUCGACAGGCGGUGGACGAGGAGGAACACGAGGAACAGGAGGAGCAAACAGGUCCCGUUACACGCAAGAAGCAAUGCAACUUCCCUCCUCAUCCUUCUUCUCUUCCUCCUUCAUACUCAUACUCUUACUCCUCCCCUCCUUCGGCGGGGAAGCAUUGCCACUGCUUCACGUCGCCCAGUGUUGGUUCGUUACUACCAACUACCAACUAUCAACGCAUCCAACUACUCCGGUACUCUAGUCUUCUGCAAUAGUAAUGAGAGGUAUCGAAAAAGGGCUGUUCGAAGGCGAAGACCGGCGGGCCAGGGUAGGCAGAACCAUGAGAAGAAGAAGCUCUCCGGGGGGGCAUAGCCUGGAAAGAGGGGGCGGGG